AUGUACGACAUCCACACAGAACAGUUUCUCCAAAAGGACGUCCCAAAUACUAUAACAGUGGUCCCAAAUACUAUAACAGUGGUCCCAAAAAGUAUAGCAGUGGUCCCAAAUACUAUAACAGUGGUCCCAAAAAGUAUAGCAGUGGUCCCAAAAAGUAUAACAGUGGUCCCAAAAAGUAUAGCAGUGGUCCCAAAUACUAUAACAGUGGUCCCAAAAAGUAUAGCAGUGGUCCCAAAAAGUAUAACAGUGGUCCCAAAAAGUAUAGCAGUGGUCCCAAAUACUAUAACAGUGGUCCCAAAAAGUAUAACAGUGGUCCCAAAAAGUAUAACAGUGGUCCCAAAUACUAUAACAGCGGUCCCAAAAAGUAUAGCAGUGGUCCCAAAAACUAUAACAGUGGUCCCAAAAAGUAUAACAGUGGUCCCAAAAAGUAUAACAGUGGUCCCAAAUACUAUAACAGCGGUCCCAAAAAGUAUAGCAGUGGUCCCAAAAACUAUAACAGUGGUCCCAAAAAGUAUAACAGUGGUUCCAAAAACUAUAACAGUGGUCCCAAAAACUAUAACAGUGGUCCCAAAAAGUAUAGCAGUGGUCCCAAAAAGUAUAACAGUGGUCCCAAAAAGUAUAACAGUGGUCCCAAAAACUAUAACAGUGGUCCCAAAAAGUAUAACAGUGGUCCCAAAAAGUAUAACAGUGGUCCCAAAAAGUAUAACAGUGGUCCCAAAAACUAUAACAGUGGUCCCACAAAGUAUAACAGUGGUCCCAAAAACUAUUACAGUGGUCCCAAAAAGUAUAACAGUGGUCCCAAAAACUAUAACAGUGGUCCCAAAAACUAUAACAGUGGUCCCAAAAACUAAUUAUUUAUGGAAAAGUUUGUUUUAUAAUAUUACAAACAUAAUCUAG